AUCCAGCCAAGCACACCCGCCGCAUCAAGCACCGUCCUCCCUCGAAGCACACCGGACCGGCCGCUUCAAGCACCCUCUCAUGGCGGGGAAUGGCAACGGAGGACAGCCAAGCGACGCUCCGGCUCCAGCGCCGGCCUCGCCGCUGCCAGGUGGACGCGUACCGGUUGCAGCCGACGUCGGGGUGCAGGAGGACGUACAGCAGGAAGAAGAGAACCCAGCGCUGCCCGCUCACGGUGCUGGCCUCGGCGGAGGCGUCCCUGUGCCAGUCGGCGUCGUCGUGCAUGAGGAGGUGCCACAGGACCCAGCGCCGGCCGCUCAGGAUGCAGCCGACGUGGGCUUGCUUGAGGCGCUGGUACCCGAAGACGAAGAUGAUACCCCCCCGACGCCGGAUCAAGAAGAUGGAGGUGUUGUCAAUCAGGACUUACAAGAUCUGCAGGACAAACUAGAUGCCCCUGAACCCGAUGUGACCGGACACCAAGUCGAGGGGUCAAGCUUCAUGAGGGAGCUGGAGAAAGUGCUGGCCCCAGGACCCGCACACAAGAAACAAAGAACUGACAACAUUCUCCCUCCACCACCGGGACAGGUGGCCGUCGGGGGUACUGCAGCGGCCAUCCAAUUUGUCCCAAAUCACGUGCCGGCUGUGGGCGGAGGGCCAGGCGGCGUGCUCAUGGCUGCAGGCAUGGGUCCAGGUGUUGCCUCUAACCCAGGUGCUCAGUUUGCCAGCAUCCCUCGGCCUCCAAACCUGAGUCAGCUGCCCUUGUGUCCUGGCUGCAACAUCCGGCCGCCAGUGAUAAAUAUUGUAGGACGAUCAAUGCUACCGCCCGCUGUUUUACCUCCGCACCCAUGUUUGUGCAAUCCGUGCUUCUAUGGAGCACCAGAUCGGCGGGAGAUUGAUUGCCCUGUGUGUGCUGAGUACUAUGGACUGUACCCAUGGAGAUCAAGAAGGGUUUGAGAUGGUUGCGAGGAACAGAUGCUACGCCAAGGAUUAAGACUGGUAACAACUAGGGCGAAGGAGAUAUGUUCAUGAAAUAAACUUCAGUUAUGCCAAAACACUUAUGUUGUUUUGCUUGUUAAAUUACCUUUCAGAUGAUCUAGUUUAUG